AUGGGCAAAAUUUUAAGGAAAUGGGAAAUUUCUGAAAAAGUAUUAGCAGUAGUGACUGACAAUGCGGUUAAUGUUGUGAAUGCAGUGCGCGAUAUGACUGAAAUUCAAGAGCAAGACGGUCUUACUUGUGCAGCUCAUACUAUGCAGCUCGUUGUAAAUGAAGCUUUAGCAUGUCAUCAAGAUAUACAAGAGAUUUGUCAGAAGGCUGGAAAAUUAGUGGGACAUUUUCGCCAUUCAAAUGUAACUACCACAGAUUGGCAAUCAAAGCAAGCACAACUAAAUAUAAAGUCCUCAAAAUUAAUUCAGAGUGUCAAGACGAGAUGGAAUUCCACACUUGAGAUGUUGGAAAGACUUAUUGCAAACCGUUUACCCAUAUCAAAUGUUUUGACUGAUAGGAAUGUAACUACUUCCAUUGUAGCUAGAAAACUUGAAAUUACAGAAGUGCAAUGGGUACAAAUGGAAGAAUUAGUAAAUCUAUUGAGACCACUGCAAAUGGCCACAACUGUUUUUUGUGGAGACAACUACUCUCCUGCUUCUAUAGUACGUCCGUUAAUUUGGAAGAUAGUCCGCCAUCAUAUGCAACCAAUUCCUGAAGAUUCAGAUUCAGCAACUACGUUUAAAAUAUUUGUCUCCACAGAAUUGGGGAACCAUUUUAAACUCACUGAAUGGGAAAACUUCUCCAAUGUAAGUGCACGUCUUACUGCCUCAUUCCUUGAUCCUCGAUCCAAGAAUUUAGAAGACGAAUUGACUGAGACGAUACAAAAAGUACAAGAACAUGUCCGCACUCUUUUGGAUGCAGAACCAGUAAACACAACAUCUAAUGCAGAAGAUGACCCAAGAAAAGCUGUACACAAAACUGCUUUAGAGUUUUUAUUUUAUCAGCCAGUACGUUGUCUAAAUGAUAUAGAAUCUCAACUUCAAGCUUAUCUUACGGAGCCACAACUAAGAUUUGAUUUAGAUCAUUUAGAGUGGUGGAAAACGAGAGCUGAUAAAUUUCCGGCAUUGGCCAUUUUAGCUAAGAAGUAUUUAUGUAUUCCUGCGACAUCAGCUAGUGCAGAGCGUACUUUCUCUACAGCUGGGAAUAUUGUUACUUCAAAACGAAAUUGCUUGUCUCCUGAAAAUGUAAACAUGCUCGUGUUUCUUCUUCAGAAUAAAUCUGUCUAUGCAUGACAGAAUUAUAUGAUCAAAAUCACAUAAGAACCUCUCCAAAAAAGGGAUUUGUUAUUUAUUAGUGAUUACAAUUAAUUAUAUUACUUAUUAAGAAUUUUCUCUUUUUUUCAAUACUGGCGAAAAAUAUAUUGUGCUUGUUAAUAAUAUGAGAAUUAUCUAGUUUA